AUGGGUGAACUAGAAACGAGUAGAGGCCUAAAUCAAGAACUUGGUCUUAUUAAAGCCGGUGAUACUCGUUGGAGAUCUCAUUACAAAUCGUUUGGAAACUUUAUCAGUAACUUUGCCUCUAUUGUUGAUGUACUUGAUAGUCUUGUUGAGAAUGCAAGUCCUUUGGAUAAAAAAUCUAGUGCAUCGGGAUUUCUCAGAAGUUGUCAAACGUCUGAGAUUGUUUUUUUGUUACAGUUGAUGACUGAUAUAUUAGGAAUCAUAAAUGAUCUUAAUGCAUCAUUACAAAAAAAGGAGCAAGAUAUUGUAAAAGCCAUGAUUCUUGUAAGGAUAGCAAAGAGAAGUGAAGUGACAAAUGAUUUGCUUAAUGGAGUUGCUUGCUUGAAUCCAGAAGAUUCAUUUUCUAGUUUUGCUAUAAAAAAGAUAGUUAGAAUAGCUGAAUUUUAUCCAGAUGACUUCGAUGAAUUCAAAAUGAGAGCUCUUGAGAAUCAACUUGCCAAUUACAUUAUUGAUGUUCCUGAUAUUGAUAAAAGAUGCUCUAAUUUGGGUGGACUUGGGGAACUUUCUAGAAAGUUAGUUGAGACAAAAAAGCAUUUAAACUAUUCUCUUGUAUUCCUUUUAGUAAAGUUUGCUUUGAUUCUACCUAUUGCCACUGCAUCAGUUGAAAGAACUUUUUCAGCAAUGAAGUACAUCAAGAAUGACUUGCGGAAUCGAAUGGACGAUGAAUUCUUAGAUGGUUGCAUAGUGCCUUAUGGAGAAAAAAGUAUUUAA